AUGGAGCACGCAUUGGAGAUCCCGUUCCUGUACCCUGGUCUCGUUCGCGAUGUGCCGAACCCCAUGUUCUCAUCGAUUCUACACAGCAAAUAUGGUGUAGAUGGAGCGCUCCCUGAGAAGCAUGCCACGCAAGGCAAGCCGCUGGCCGUGAUGAUCCAUGGGAUCAACUCGCACAAGAACUCGCUUUUUUUUACGCCGCUGGCCCAGGUGCUGCCUAUGGACUCAUUCCGGUACGACAUGCGCGGAGAGGGCUUUACUCCCGGAGAUUCGGAGCUCAGCGACUACGAGGCUGCCGUGGACGAGCUUGCAUAUCUCAUUGACUACCUGCAGCAGCGAUUCGGCUACGUCGUCGAGAUGCUGGUGUGCCAUUCGAAAGGAUGUGGUGUCGCGUAUACAUAUAUGUCCAAGUAUUGCACGCUGAACUCGCUCAAGUACCAGCGCCCGCCGACAUUUGCCGUCAUGGCAUCUGCUCGCUACACCAUGACCACGUCCCUUGUCAGAUUUGACAAUGUAGAGGAGCACAUCGCCCAGCUUGGCUAUGUACCCGUCAAAAAAAUCGUUAAAGGCAAGAUGGUUGAGGGACGGAUGUACAAGGAGGAUAUUGAUCGCACUUUGCGAUAUCCGAUGGGACACCACGUCCAGCGAUGCCCUCCAUCUGUUAAUGUUUUUCUCGUCCACGGCACAGCCGAUGCCAUCGUCACUGUCGACCACUUGGCUGAUUUCGUGAAUGUACUUACUGGACAGCCGUCGCGCCCUGCAGGCUCUGUGUGCACCAACCUCCUCCUUGACUGCGACCAUAACUACAAGGAUGGAUUCCGCGCUGUUGUCGUCGAGCGCGUAUUGCACUGGCUGCAGAGCUGUGCGGCGAAGAUUGAAGCGCCGCGCACGCAGCCGCGCUGGACUGCUUCAAGCGGCAGCGGUCCCCGCGGUGCCUUGAUUGUUGUGGAAGGGCUCGACCGUGCAGGCAAGACGACGCAGGUCGUGCGCCUCUGUGAAAUGCUCCAAGCAGAGCUGAUCAAGUUCCCUGAUCGCACGACGCAGGUCGGGACAAUGAUCAACGCAUACCUCACCGAGCAAAGCGAGAUCAGCGACGAGGCGAUCCACCUCUUGUUCUCUGCGAACCGCUGGGAAGUGAUCCCCUUUUUGCUGCGCACGCUCAACGAGGGCAAGACGGUUGUCUGUGAUCGGUACGCAUUUUCGGGCAUUGCAUAUUCUUGUGCAAAAGGGCUCGACUUUUCGUGGUGCCUUGGCCCCGAUGUGGGUCUUCCUAUGCCGGACGCAACUCUCUUCCUGGACCUUGAUAAUAAUACCGCAGCCCAGCGCGGCGCAUACGGCGAGGAGCGCUACGAACGCGCCGAAUUUCAGGAAAAGGUGCGGCAGUCGUUUGGUUACGUGGAGCAAAUGGUGCUUCAAAACGGUGGCGUGUGGAACAGAAUCGAUGCUGCUUGCGAGCCGGACCAGGUAUGGGAAAAUGUCCAGGCCGCGGCGCUCGCGGCGGUGGAGCAUGUCCAGACCGUCCUGCCGCCGCUUGAGUCGCUCAAGUUCAAAAACGGACAGCUCGCGGCGGAUGCAGUGCGCCAGCGUCCCAGUUUGUAG